AUAGAUCCAAUCGCUGUGGCAGACAUGAAGACACGAAGCUUGAAGGGAAAUCCUCGUGGAUAAACACCUCGCCGUACCUUAUAUAAGGCAGUUCAUGGAUCCAUGCUCAAAUCCUCCUCCCACCAAAGCUUGAGAUCAUGGAGUUGGCCAGGCAAAGGUUCCUUUUUGCCGCAAGUGUCUUCGUCCUGUGCUUUCAUAGCUUCUGCCAAGCUAAGAAACCUCCCUCCUACACCUUCGUGAAGCAUGCAGCGGACGGUCCGACGGUGUCCUACCAUGACUACAUCAUCGUCGGUGGGGGAACUGCCGGCUGCCCUUUGGCCGCCACCCUUUCGCGCAGCUUCGACGUGCUGGUGCUGGAACGAGGAGGAUCUCCCUACGGCAACAGCAACAUAUCCAACCUGGCGACCUUUGUCCGCAACCUGGCCGACCUCACUCCGACCUCCCCCACCCAACGCUUCGUCUCCGAGGACGGGGUCAUCAACGCGCGAGCCCGUGUCCUCGGCGGCGGGACCUGCAUCAACGCCGGGUUCUACUCCCGCGCCAGCGCCCGGGAGGUGAGAGAGAUGGGCUGGGACGUGGAGUUGGUGAACCGGUCCUACCGAUGGGUGGAGGAGGAGGUGGCCUCCGAGCCCCAGCUGAUUCAGUGGACUUCCGCGCUGAAGGAGGGGCUUCUCCAUGCCGGAGUGACACCGUACAACGGGUUUACGUACGAUCACUUGUACGGAACCAAGAUCGGAGGGACGACGUUCGAUCGACAUGGUCAUCGGCACACCGCCGCCGACCUGCUCAAGUACGCCGACCCCAACAGGCUGACCGUGCUCUUGCGCGCCACGGCGCAGAGGAUUUUAUUCAGGGACGGAGGAAGACAGAGACCACGGGCGUCUGGUGUCGUGUACAAGGACGAGAAGGGCAACGUGCACGAGGCCUACCUGAAAGACUGCCCCGGCAGCGAGGUUAUAGUGUCCGCCGGAGCCCUCGGAAGCCCGCAACUGCUCAUGCUGAGCGGCGUCGGCCCGGCUGACCACCUCGGAUCCCUGGGCAUCGAGGUCGUUCUGGACCAGCCGAUGGUCGGCCAAGGCAUGUCCGACAACCCGAUGUCCCUCAUCGUCAUCCCUUCGCCGCAGCCGGUGGAGAUCACCUCCGUGCAGGUCGUCGGGAUUGCUCCGUCGGGCUACUACGUGGAGUCCUUGACCGGCCUCAACUUGCGUGCUGAUCUGCUCGGUGCCUCCUCCGGCGGCGGUGCUGAACCAUCACGCGCUUCGUCCGAGCAAGGAAACGAAGAGAUCUAUCCCUUUCAAGGCGGACUGAUAGUGGAGAAGCUGGCACGCCCGCUGUCUCGAGGUCACCUCCACCUCAAGAAUCUCAAUCCAGAAGACAAUCCCGCCGUCACCUUCAAUUACUUUGUGGAACCCGAGGACGUCCGGACGUGCGUGGAGGGCAUGGAGACGAUAAAGAGAGUGCUCGAGACAAAAGAGAUGUCCGAGUUCAGGAACUCCAAUCAAUCCGUGGAAGAUCUCAUAACCCUAUCUGCAAGCUUGAUCGUCAACAACCGAACGAGGCACGACGAUGACUCCACCUCCUUGGAGCAGUACUGCAAAGACCUCACGAUGACCAUAUGGCAUUACCAUGGCGGGUGCCAAGUCGGCCAGGUGGUAGACCAUGACUACAGGGUUCUCGGCGUCGAUGCUCUCCGGGUCAUCGACGGCUCCACCUUCACUUUCUCCCCCGGAACCAAUCCCCAAGCUACCGUGAUGAUGCUGGGAAGGUACAUGGGAGUUCAGAUACAAAAGCAGCGUUUGGUUGGAGAUGUGGAGAUUAUGUAAGGGUGUAAGACAUGCCAGCUGAAGAAGUUGAUGAUCUACGUUGAGCAUUGUGCUCAGUUGUUGUGUUCUUCAACACUUUUCGUGUGUCUGCUUGUCAAUGCAUCUAUUGAUGAAUAAAUUAAUAUUCAACAGAA